UAUUACCACCAACUCCGUCAUCCUUUUUCGUCGCCGCUGCCGCCCCUGUGCCUGCUCCCGCGACAACUCGAACGACCAAUACACGCCGGCUUUCCGCAUAAUUACAGGCUAGCUUUUCUUGCAGUACUGCUUCUGAAGAAUUGCUUGCGCCGCCGCUCACUGUGUUGCAUUAGCCUUCCGGUGACAAGUUUCUUCCACUUUCUUUUUCUUUCUUUUCUCUCGUUCGUCGAGUUUUUGGUUUCCGACUUCUCCAUGGAUACCAACCUAUGGAGUCGCCGUACCAACUCGAGCAAGCUCUCCUUGACAACACCUGGAUCCGGCGGCCAGGUCGAUAAUUCGUCUUCACGCACAUUUUCCAAGCGAUUCGGCGGUGAUAGCUCGUCGCACGGAAAGACCAACCCCUUCAACUCUAUAACUACCCCAGGCGGGCUGGUGUCGCCCACGGCCGGCGCUUCGAGCGCUUUUGGCCUUGGGUCUGGCGCGUUCGCCUCGUUCGGUUCGGCCAAGACUCCCAAGACUACCGGCAACCCGUUCGAGACCACCCUCAUCGGUCAUUCCGCGAAGACACCCUCUGCUGAGAAAUCUAGCAAGGAGGGCGGCCUGGGCGGUAAGAUCGUUGGGAAGACUGCCUCCAACGCCUCUCUUGCCGAUGCCAACAAGAGGGCCCAGGGCGCAGUGUCCAACUCCCCGAGUUCGGGCCUAAAUCACCAGCUGCGUAACAGCUGGGUCUUCUGGUAUCGGCCCCCCAUCUCGAAGGCUAACGGCUUCAUCGAGUACGAGAAGACUCUGCACCCUAUCGCCACCUGCGAGACGGCUGAGCAGUUCUUCGCUGUCUACCAGCACCUCAAGCGCCCCUCGGGUCUGCCGCUGGUGUCCGACUAUCACCUGUUCAAGAAAGGAAUUCGGCCAAUAUGGGAGGACGAAGAGAACAAGAACGGAGGAAAGUGGAUUGUGCGCCUGCGGAAGGGUGUUGCCGAUCGCUACUGGGAGGACAUUCUGCUGGCUCUGAUCGGUGAUCAGUUUGGCGACGCCAACGACGAUGUUUGCGGCAUUGUUCUCAGUGUUCGGAAUGGCGAGGAUAUUCUCAGCAUCUGGGCUCGGGCUAAUGGCCAGCGGGUCCUGAAGAUUCGUGAAACCAUGCGCCGGACCCUCUCAUUCCCCUCCGAGACCAAGGUUGAAUGGAAGAGUCACGACUCAAGCAUUCAGCAGCGCACUGCCAUUGAGGAGUCGCGUCGCGAGAAGGCGAACAACCGCGACCAUAACCAGGGCGAUAAGCGGACCACCAACAGACAGCAGCAGCAGACGGAUAGCCGCCCGUAG